UGCCCGCUCCGAACGAACAUUUCUUGCGCGAGGGUCCACCGCGGAGCGGCGCGGGAGGACGGGAGAAGCGAAAGCGCAUCAUUUCGCGAAGAAUAAAACCCUCUCACUCCAUUUUUAUCACUCUCUUCCCUCUCCUCAACACCAAGAAGAAGAAGAAGAAGAAGAAGAAGAGCAGCGCCGCCAUGAUCACGAAGCUUGCAAGGAUCUCGCGCCUCGCAAGGGCCAUCCUCCCAUGGCGAUUCGCCGCCGCAGCAACUCCCCACUUGUCGCCUCCCCCCUACCCCGUACCCUCGCAACGACCCCUCCCCCCUCCUCGGACACUGUUUGAUCACCAACCCCGUCCACGCACGAUUCCGAGAACGGAUUCGUACUCGACGACCAAAUCAAGCUUCUCGCGUUUUUCUUUUCUACCGGCCGUUUUCUUGAUGGGAGCCGUUGGGUUUGGAUCGGUGCAACUGGCUUAUGCCGACGCUGAUGAGGAAGGUUACACGCCUCAUAGUGCACCGCCCCCUGUGAGUGGCGAGGAUUUGGUCACUCAAGAGAGGAAGAAGAUAGAAGAUUUACUCAGAAGCAGAGGGAUGCAACGCGGCUCAUAUCCGCCAUUCUCUGUCGCCGUCAAGGGUCAGAAGGUUGUUGUGAAGUUCAACAUUACUUCAUCGAGCAAGGUGUCACAUAUUAUUGUGGAUCUCAUCACACAUCUUGGGCUUAAAGCUGCGCAGCAUGGCGAUGGCUCAGAAAUGUUAUUGCGUGCCUGGGACAGUGCAGUUGCACGACAGCUAACUCUGAAUCCACCUGAAAGGAUGAAAGAAGUUGAGGGAGGAAAACUAGAGGACAACUUUUGCGUUUUGAUAUUUGAGUCACUCGUUGGUCCAGAAUAUUCUGAGAUUGAAUUCAUAAAGCGUGGUAGUUUGAGUUUGAAAGAGCUUGAUGCAUUGGUUAGUGCGCUACGAUUAGCUGGUGAAAAGGAUGCAAAUGAAACUUCAGUAAAGAACCCAAAGAGUUACUCUUUCAGAGAGGGAAACAGCCAUGGUUCUAAGCGAACGCCGUCUGUGGAAAAAUCAGUGUCUGCAUUAGAGGCCAUGGGAGUUAGAGUUUACGGACUUGAUGAAACCUCUGGCAUUCCUGCAGACGGUACCAUAUUCUGGGAAAAUAUUGCUGGCUACGAUCAGCAGAAACGGGAAAUAGAGGACACCAUACUUUUGGCAUUGCAAAAUCCUGAAGUAUAUGAUGACAUUGCACGUGGAACACGUUGCAAAUUUGAGAGUAAUCGGCCUCGAGCUGUUCUUUUUGAAGGUCCUCCAGGGACUGGUAAGACAUCUUCUGCUCGAGUUAUCGCGAAGCAAGCGGGAGUUCCACUUCUAUAUGUUCCACUGGAGGUCAUUAUGUCAAAAUAUUAUGGUGAAAGUGAGCGCCUGUUAAGUUCUGUUUUUUCUCUUGCAAAUGAGCUUCCUGAUGGAGCCAUAAUUUUCCUGGAUGAGGUUGAUUCAUUUGCUGUUUCACGGGAUAGUGAAAUGCAUGAAGCUACAAGAAGAAUUUUGUCAGUAAUACUACGUCAGAUAGAUGGAUUCGAGCAAGAAAAGCGAGUUGUGGUUAUAGCUGCAACAAAUAGAAAGGAGGACCUCGAUCCUGCUCUUAUCAGCCGCUUUGAUUCUAUGAUUAUUUUUGACCUACCUGAUCAACCAACACGAGAGGAAAUAGCAGCCCAGUAUGCAAAGCACUUAAAGAAAGCUGAAUUAGUUCAAUUUGCGUUAGUAACUGAAGAGAUGUCUGGAAGAGAUAUCAGAGAUGUGUGCCAACAAGCUGAAAGACAUUGGGCGUCAAAGUUAAUAAGAGGGCAAGCCCCAAGAAGUGUGAAGGGGGAACCAAGUCUUCCACCUAUAGAAGAAUAUAUUAAAUGUGCCGAGGAACGUAGAAAGGCUCUGGCUAUUACCGUCGGAACAAGAAGAAUGUCCAAGUCUUUAGCACUUGCAUGAGGAGAACCUUUUCCUUUGCUAACUUAUUUUGAUUUUCUUAUUUGAACAACCAAAUAUGCCCACCCAGAAAACAAGUAACAUACAAGCAGGGCCUAGCAAAUUCAGUUUAGGGGAGAAAAUGGUGUAUCCUGUUUUGGUUCGAAUAAGAUUUUAGGGACUCUGAAUUUGAUUUCUAACCAGUUUUGACUAGUGGCAUGGUCGGGAGGGUCGACUUGGUGUAUUAUCUUCUCCCAAGAAUGCCACCAGUGAAUUAUCUUCUCCCAAGAAUGCCACCAGUGAAUGGGUGAGAGGUCCAUGUUGGUGCAGUGAAAAUGAUGAACUAUAAAAGUUGGUGUAUUAUCUUCUCAAUAAUGCCACUUGUAGAAUGGAAAGAUGUUGAGGGUGCCCUGAGGAAAUUGACGCCCGGAGUGUAUGUGAUGGGAAGAUGUCUCAUGUUGCUUUUUUAAUGUGCAUCAAUUGUGCGCAAUUUUGCAUCUUUAUCAAUAAUGUGCGAGCUUUUCAUGAAAUGAACUGGUCCGUUGCUUACGCUGCUA